CCCAAACGAAAAACGCCAAAGCCAGCCCCCAAGUCUCAGUACACCCCCACGUUCCUCCACUCCAGAUCUGAUCCCGCCGCCGGGAGCCUCCGCCGGGAGCCUUCCAGUCCACCGUCUCUCUCUCAGUCUCCCGCACAGAUGCACACCGUCCGGACUCCAGACUCCAGGCGUCCAAACUCCAGGCGUCCACGACUCCACCGAUCUGCAAAUCGCUUGAUUGACAUAUCAAUUAGGGCACUGGAACACACAUUGAAGAAGAGAUGGCUCGUUUCCGAAAUAAGAAGGCGGCAUUCGUAAAGCCAGUUAUGAAGAAGCAGCCGACUGUGGAUCAUAUCACGGGCGAUAAGAUCCCAAAAAGCUUUGUUUUUUCGAGAGGGAAGUUGCCUGGUUCUCUUAGGCAAUUGCAGAUGGACUUGAGGAAGUUGAUGCUUCCUUAUACUGCCCUUAAGCUUAAGGAAAAGAGGCGUAACAAUAUCAAAGACUUCUUGAACAUUGCAGGGCCGAUGGGAGUUACACAUUUCCUCAUAUUAUCAAAAACUGAAACCGCACCAUAUUUGAGGGUUGCCAGAACUCCGCAAGGCCCAACUCUAACAUUUAAAAUACAACAGUACUCAUUGGCAGUUGAUGUUGCUCAUUCUCAAGUGCGCCCGAGAUGUCCUCAAGACCUUUUCAAAAACCCACCCUUGAUUGUUCUUUCUGGUUUUGGGACGGGGGAGCAACACCUGAAGCUUACAACUAUUAUGUUUCAAAACAUCUUUCCAGGCAUUGAUAUUAACACUGUGAAACUUUCUUCGUGUGAGAGAAUUGUGCUGCUAAACUAUAAUAAGGAGACAAAGCUGAUUGAUUUUCGGCAUUACUCCAUCAGACUACAACCUGUUGGGGUCUCACGCAGAAUCAGAAAGUUUGUGCAGAACCAUCAAGUUCCUGAUUUAAGAAGUCUUCAAGACGUGAGUGACUUUGUCACCAAGGCUGGUUAUGGAUCAGAAAGCGAAGCAGAUGAAGAAGCGGCAACUGUAAGUCUACCAAGUGAUCUCGGUAGAGUUAACCGAGCUUCCACAAAAAGUGCUGUCAAGCUUCAAGAGAUUGGACCCAGGAUGACUCUUCAACUCAUGAAAGUCGAGGAAGGAUUGUGUUCUGGUGGCGUCAUAUUCAGUGAAUAUGGAGAUUAUGGCAAACAGAAAACACAGGAGACUGAGGUAGAGCAAGAGCAAGAGGAUGAGGAAGUUAUGGUGGAAGAUUAGCCGUAAACCAUCUUCAAACACAAAUAGGAGGCAGUUCUUAUUGUAUUCUGACGAUACUUUUUUAUGACAGUUUCGAGUCGUUUGGUUGGUCUCUCUCUCUCUCUCUAGGGCUGGGCAGGUGGGUGUGGACAACUCCAAAGGGUGCACAAUAUCAAUUAGCUUCCCAAUUUUGUAUUUGAGGAAAUGAGAAGAAGAAUAGUAGUGCCAUUUUGUUUCUAUUGCGUUUGAGAAGAAAAUAGCUGUUGAUCCAUUUACAAGAAAAGUGCAGAGUUUUGUUGGCUUAGGGAAAUGAGUUGUAUUUCGCAUUUAGAUCUGUGAUAUCUGUCUAGUCGCUGAUGUUUAAAAAAAAGAGAG